CCAGAGAUGGCAUUGCCUAACAGCCAAGACAAUUGGUGUGGAGAAGGCAUUAUAAAACUACUGGAACGCAUGAAGAAUAACAUUCCACCCAAUGACAACUACACAUUUGAAACAACCCAGGCACAGACAGACUGGGGGAAAGUAGCUUUUAAAGAUUUUUCUGGAGAAAUGUGCAAACUCAAAUAGUUAGAAAUUUCUUAUAAAUUGAGAAAAGUUCACACUUCGAAAGAAUUAGUCCUGGAAGCUAAGGAACAUGUUAAAAACUCCUACAAAAGUAAAAAACUCAAGAAACAUCCAGACAUGCCCAAGAAGCCCCUGACUGCUUACCUCCGCUUCUACAAGGAGAAGCGGCUCCUAUACUCCCAAAUGCACUCCAAACUCAGGAACCAGGAGCUGACCAAGGUCCUGUCUGAGAAAUACAAGGAGCUCCCAGAACAGAAAAAGCUGAAAUAUAUUCAAGAUUUCCAGAAGGAGAAACAGGAGUUUGAGGAGAAACUGGCUCAGUUUAAAAAGGGCCACCCUGAUCUAGUCCAGAACUCCAGGACAUCUGUUGUCCCCAGAAGGAGCCCAACCAAAGGCCAAAAGAAGGUUCAGGGAAAUGUGACAGACAUGAAGUCUCCCCCAGAAACCCGUUUUUCUGAGUUGAAGCUGCCUGGAGAACCCAAGAAGCCCCCGUGA